AUGCCUCCUCCCAUACCCAAGUAUCCCCUGGAGGAUUCUUGCUCGACUUUAUUCAACAACACUCUUUACACAUACACCUCGGAGGCUUUUCAAUCGCUCACCAUAACGCAGGGCGCAGAAUGGAUGGAAUUAGAUAUGGGAGUUCCGGUGAAGGGAGGAGUUUGUGUUAAGUCUACACCGAAGAAUGACACGAGUGCUGCAGCAUUAUACAUCGUCGGCGGGACGUCCAAUUCCAGUGAUUACAAGGGAUUACAGCGCUACACGUUUGCAGAUGCGAAAUGGGAGACGAUAGAGCCAACCGUGCCGGUCACCCAAAAUCGAGUAUAUCACAACGCGGCUUAUCUCAAUGCUUCGGAUUCAAUUCUUGUGUUUGCUGGAAAUCAGGAUGGCAUUAUGGCUCCAUCAUCACAAACGUUUACCAUUCAAGCUUCUGAGCCAUAUGCCGCAUUGGCAUACCCAGCUACCGUACCCCCCGGUGUAUCUCCCUUGCUGAUGCAGUGGUCUGAAAGUCAUGCCAUGUACAUUGGAGGAAGUGAAACCAACACCAAAGCAAUGAUAUUCAGCCCAUCGGAUGGCUGGGUGGAUUCAAAUGCGACUCUGGCCGCUCCUCUCUACAACUCCUCAGCCAUCAAGUCCAUUGUUAUUAAUGGCGAUGAUUCUAGCAAGUCGCUCUAUACCUUUGAUAUGUCAGUCUCACCGAAUGCUGUUAAUCGGACUCUUUUGGUGGAUGCCGACGGGAAUCCAGUUCAGAAUUCAAAACCCAUUGGCUCGAGAAGCCUGGAAGGCAGGCAGGAGGAGAACCCGACGGGUCUAGAGAGAAGGGGCAACCUGACAGUUGCUGACUGGCCAGCCUACAAUAAUACCCUGGUACCAUCAAGUACAAGGACAUCAUGGUCAAUGGCUAAAGAUCAGAGUGGCCUAGUGGUGAUAUCUGGUGGAAACGAAAAGGACGUGCUAUGUAUGUUCAAGGCAAGGGAUAAUACUUGGGUCAACGCCACGGCAAAAUUGACCAAGGCCGAGAAUCAGGGGGUACUCACCGGGAAUAUCGGAGCUGCCUCGACAACAGCAUCGACUACCGCCUCAUCGCCAUCGGAGACCACGUCAGCCGCGGCCGCGGCUGCCAAAUCUAAUGGCUCGGAUCCACCAUUUCCAGUGAAGAUCCUUGGCGCCGUCUUGGGAUCUAUUCUAGGUCUUGCUGCUAUAUUGAUUGUUCUGCUUUUUUUUCUCCGGUGGCGAAGGCAACGGAAACAGUAUGCUGACGCUGGUCAUCAACGGCGUUCAAGUGGGAUCCCAGACGAGAAAGAUGCCAUGGAUUUCGCAGACAGAGGCUUGCCGCAAAGGAGUUCGACGAGACAGUUCCGUGGGCACGAGCCGAAUGCAUCAAACGGGUCAUUCUCGUCCGUCGCGAUUUUGAUGGGGCGAGUCGGCCAUAAGAGAGGUAGUGAAAAGGGUGAAGGGAGUUUUAGCAGCGACUCGAGCAGUCAAUUCAAUAAGAAAUACAAAACCGCGAUCAGCAAACCUAUACCACAAGAACGACAUUUGGCCUCAAUUAAGGAGCCAGCCAGAGACGAUGUGGCCUUCAUAGAUGACAGACCACCUCUGACAAGACCAAGAGGAGCUCCAGGCAGACGAGGGAGUAUGAGACGGAGCUCGGGGUGGAAUAGAUACUGGUCUGGCGGAAGCGCCCUGAAUAUUAUUGGAUUCGGAUCGAAACGGACAACCUAUGGGGAAGAUACGGAUUCUUUCUACUCGGACAACAGACAACAGAGCGGUGUCACCCAGGCAUCAGCCAUGCCACCUCCUUUAAAAAUUGGAGGACGGCCAGAAUUAAACAGGGUUGCGUCAGGCAGCCCAACUAUCGCACAUCUCUCUACCGAUGUUCCCUCGCGAGAGAUGUCAGGUCAGAUCGAAAGAUCGGGUUCUAUGAGUACUUUUUCAUCAUAUACCGAUGAUCAUUAUGAUGCCUACUCGAGUGGCGUACCAGCUAGUGUCCACGAACAAGAUUCGUGGACCCCAGUCGAUCGAUCAAAUUGGGCAGACGGUCGAGCUCCGAGUAGCAAUUACUCGGAAAGCAUCUACACUUCACGAAAUGCCGCCAACAACUUGACACAGGAUCUACGCUUUCCAACGCCACCUACAACCCAAAGAUCACGCCCUCAACCGCCGAACAACGACAUGAGCUGGCUUAACCUGGGUGCCGACCGGGUGUGA